AUGGGUCGUCUUCACAGCAACGGAAAGGGCAUUUCGUCCUCGGCCAUCCCCUACUCGCGCACCGCUCCGGCGUGGCUCAAGACCACCCCCGAGCAGGUCGUCGACCACAUCUGCAAGCUCGCCAAGAAGGGCGCGACCCCCUCGCAGAUCGGUGUCGUUCUCCGUGACUCCCACGGCAUUGCCCAGGUCAAGGUCGUGACCGGUAACAAGAUCCUCCGGAUCCUGAAGAGCAACGGUCUUGCUCCCGAUAUCCCGGAGGACCUUUACAUGCUCAUCAAGAAGGCUGUUGCCGUCCGCAAGCACCUUGAGCGCAACCGCAAGGACCGCGACUCCAAGUUCCGCCUCAUUCUGAUCGAGUCGCGUAUCCACCGUCUCGCUCGUUACUACAAGACCGUCGGUGUCCUUCCCCCUACCUGGAAGUACGAGUCGUCGACCGCCAGCACCCUGGUCGCUUAA